CGCCGCCCGGCCGCGGGUCGGGCCCUGUGUCGGCACCCCGGCGGGCGCUCGGCCCGGACAUGGCUGCUUGUGUGGCCCGGCGGGCCCUGGCCGUAGGCAGCCGCUGGUGGUCCCGGUCGCUGACCGCUGCCCGAGGAUCAAGGCCGCUCUGUGCCGCGGGGACAGCACCGGCCUUCCCACCUGCGGCGGCUGCGACGACGCAGAGGCAUCUCUCGUCCCGAAACCGAGCAGAGGGCAAAGUGUUGGAGACCGUUGGUGUGUUUGAGGUGCCAAAGCAGAAUGGAAAAUAUGAGACUGGGCAGCUUUUUCUUCAUAGUGUUUUUGGCUACCGGGGUGUUGUCCUGUUUCCCUGGCAGGCCAGACUGUAUGAUCGGGAUGUGGCUUCUGCAGCUUCAGAAAAAACAGAGAAUCCUGCUGGCCACGGCUCUAAGGAGGUGAAAGGCAAAACUCACACUUACUAUCAGGUGCUGAUUGAUGCCCGAGACUGCCCACAUAUAUCUCAGAGAUCUCAGACAGAAGCUGUGACCUUCUUGGCUAACCAUGAUGACAGCCGGGCCCUCUAUGCCAUUCCUGGCCUAGACUAUGUCAGCCAUGAAGACAUCCUCCCCUACACCUCCACUGAUCAAGUUCCCAUCCAGCAUGAGCUCUUUGAAAGAUUUCUUCUGUAUGACCAGACGAAAGCACCCCCUUUCGUGGCUCGGGAAACACUCCGGGCCUGGCAAGAAAAGAAUCACCCCUGGCUAGAGCUGUCUGAUGUCCACCGGGAGACAACUGAGAACAUUCGUGUCACUGUCAUCCCUUUCUACAUGGGCAUGAGGGAAGCCCAGAAUUCCCAUGUCUACUGGUGGCGCUACUGUAUCCGCUUGGAGAACCUGGACAGUGAUGUGGUACAGCUCCGGGAGCGGCACUGGAGGAUAUUUAGUCUCUCCGGCACCUUGGAGACAGUGCGAGGCCGAGGGGUGGUGGGCAGGGAACCAGUGUUGUCCAAGGAGCAGCCUGCAUUCCAGUAUAGCAGCCAUGUCUCCCUACAGGCCUCCAGUGGGCACAUGUGGGGCACAUUUCGCUUUGAGAGACCUGAUGGCUCCCACUUUGAUGUCCGGAUCCCACCUUUCUCGUUGGAAAGCAAUAAGGAUGAGAAGACACCACCCUCAGGCCUUCACUGGUAGGCCAGCUGAGGCCUUGAGUGCCUAGGCUGGGCCCCUCAGGUCAGCUGUGAACCGACAAUUGCUGCAAAACUUUUCUCCCUCCAUUGUGGCCCAAAUGGGUCACUUCAUCCUUUGCACAUUUGAUUGCAGGGCUCUAUUUUUUGGGGGGUUGUAGUUACCUAUUUUCUUGAGAAGACCCACCUAGGACUCUUCAGGCUGGCUGGCUUCCUCAUAAGCCCUGCCUUUUUCGUGUUCCCAUAAACCUUUCCAUCAAGGAACUGUUCAGCUGCCACAGGCCUGGAGGAGUUUCCUGACCUGUCACAAGUUGUCUGGAACAUGAAGUUUGGUCAAUAAACUAGUGCUCAGCAUUUCUG